AUGGACACCAGAGUCGACACUUCUGUCACGGUGGAACAGCUGCCUCCGCCCAUCACCCUCAGUGUCGAUGCUCCUUUACCUCCUCCAGCAGACAGAGAAAGCACAGUCACUAUUAAUACCCCAGAAGAAUCGAAUGAGACUCCUGAAAAUACAGAUCAAACAAACGAUACGACCGUCCCCUCUACCGAUGAACCUGUCCCCUCCGAGCCACAAGAACACAACAAUGCCUCAAAUGAGCCCCCUCCACAAGAUUCUCCAAACGAGGGAGAAACACCAUCAACAGAAUCUGAGUCCGCCCCACCUGCACCAUCAGAGCUUGAAGAGGCAUACUGGGCUGAGAUUGAGGAGGACAAGUCGGUUCCAGAUGAGGCAGAGUUAAAGGACAUCGAAUCAGCAGCAGAUGGAGAUUACAGUGCCUAUGAAUAUAAAUACUGGGAAAAGAACUUCCAUCCCGAACUAGAUGACCCAGAGUAUCGCCCUUCUGAGAAGGCCCGGUUAACCUGGAAGAUUAAGGGUGUCCGAGGCAAUAAGGAAAAUCCCAACCGCUCCAAGAUAAUGCGCUCUCCACCCGCUUACAUUGGUGGUUACUGGUGGACCAUCAAGUUCUUCCCCCGUGGUAACAAUGUCAGUUCGUUGAGCGUCUACAUUGAAUGUUCUACAACCAUGCCCACUUGCGAGAAGACGCUGCCUGAUACCGAAUUCAAGGUGCUUAAGGGCGCUCCCGACGGUGCGCUGGACGAUUCCGCACCCGAUCUGGACAUGAAGUUUGGAGCAACCGAGGACACUGCAACCUGGCUUGAGAACUUCAAGUCGCAGUAUCCCCCUGCCGCCAAUACGGAGGCCACGACUAACGACUCCUGGCGAGUUUCUGCCCAGAUUGGUGUGAUACUGUACAAUCCCGACGAGCCUCGAACCGGGUGGAUGCAGUCUUCUUGUCACCAAUUCAACCCUCACAACCUUGACUGGGGCUGGACCAACUUCCACGGCCCGUGGGACCAGAUUCACCGUCGCCAACGGGGCCAGCGCCAGGCGCUCCUCCGCAAUGACACACUGGCUUUCGAUGCGUACAUUCGCAUUUUUGACGACCCUACACGCUCGCUGUGGUGGCACGCCAGCGACUCCGAACCAACCUGGGAUAGCCUAGGCUUGACAGGCUACCGGCCCCUUGGUGAUUCGGUCAUUAACCACAGCGCUGAAGUGGCUGGCUUGGCUACUUGGCUGCACAUUGCACCAUUUUGCAAAAUCAUCCAAGGCGUCGAUGUGCUCGAACAUCUUAGCAACCCUGAUGUCAAACCUAAGCCAGUGUGUGACGCAUUGCAGAGAUUCCUCUGGCAGCUGCGCUGCCGCGGCAAGUCGCUCCAGUAUGUUGACACAGAUGUGAUCACGUCCACACUGCGCAACUUGCAUGAAUAUUCGAGCGAUGUUUCCGAAUUCUGGGAACGACUUCGCCGUACACUUGAGCUGGAACUUGCGGGAACAGGCGCUGCGAAGGAGUUUGCCAAGCUCUUUGACAGUCCUUCCCUCCCACUCGAUGCCAUGCAGUUGAGCGACAUCAACACCCUCCCUAGUGACUUCAACUCUCGCAUUUGCGUGCCUGCUGAUCAGGCUAAGACCAUGCGGGAAGCUCUUGAUUGGUACCUGGGCGCCAAACCAGGGCGCUGGGCUUUGCCACCCGUUCUCAACGUGGAACUGAACCGCCAGAAACUUGACAAGGUAGCUCGACAGUGGCGGUUGAUCUAUGACCGAGUGGAACUAGACGAGGAACUGGACCUGACGCAGUGGACAGUGAACGAGCAGUGCGGAAACUAUGUUCUGUAUGGCUACGUCGUUCACCGUGGUAGGCGCACUUCGGGCAAAUUUUUCAGUAUCCUUCGCCCGGGUGGACCUGGCUCCAGAUGGUUGGCGUUUGACGAUGGCAGUGACAAUCGUGUUGAAUGCUUGACACAUAAAACUGCUCUCGGGCCCCAUGUUGGUUUGGAUGCGUCUCAAGCCCCAGAUCAUAAAACUGGGCAUGAUGUUGCUGUCGUCGCCAUGUACAUUCGAAAGGAUGUUGUUGGCGAAUUCUUACCUGGUCCCCAGGGCCAGUGGGAUGCUCCAGAGCCUCUCAAGGAAUACUAUUCAAAUGGUACAUAUCCUGUUCCGAAGACAGACCAGGACAUCCAAGUUGAGGUAUACUCACUUCCCCAGUAUGAUCAACUGGGGAGUCUGUUUGACACCUAUGAUCUUAUGUCACAAGCCAAGUCGGCCAACAGCGUGAUGUAUCUGGAUGUGCCCCGUUCUUCGAAUAUCGUCGAGCUCCGUAAAAAGAUCGCUUUGUGGAAGUCCACGGACUCUGAGAAACCCUCGCCCGAAAACGUUCGCCUAUGGCAGGUUGGACAUACUCGUGAUCAGUUUGGGCCAACCCUGGCAUUUAGCCGGGUCUGUGAUCUAAACAGCAAGCUAGAUCUUCCCUUGAAGGUCGCACGUUUCUGGAUGCAGAUCGUCUCAGAUGAGGACGCGAAGUACUUUGCUAUGUCGGAUCCACGCGAGACCAAUAUAUCCCAGAACAAGCCAGAGGAGGCUAUUGUCGAACGAGAAGGCUCAGAGUCUUCUGACGAAAGACAAUCCGUUCCUGAAGCUGAUAGCAAUCAGCCAAGUUCGUCUGGUAAUUUGCCUAAUGCCGAGCCAGAAAACCACGAAGAAUCAACACCUGCCGCUGAUGAUCAGCCUAUGUCUAACGGCACCGACGAAAGUAACCCAGCAAAUGCAACUGAGCCUACUGAUUCUAGCUCUCUUAGCGAUAAUGCCAAUGUUGAAAGCUCUGAAAACGAUGCUGUCAUUGCAGCAAUUAUCGCCAAUGAUAUCCAGGAAUUGGAUACCGAAAUGACAGGUCAAGCUGCACCUGAGCCUGAGCCUGAGCCUGAGCCUGCUGAAAGCACAACUCAGAAUGAAGAGGAGUCAAGCACGCCUGAGCCCGAAUCUGCCGUUCAGGAAGAGCCAGCAGAACCUGAAAAUCCGUUGCCCGUGAACCAUGUCUACUACUUCAUUCAGGUCUUCGACGUUGAAAACCAAGCACUGCGGACAGUUGGUUCAUUUUUCUCUCGCAAGGAGGAGACAAUCAAACCCGCUCUUCGGCAGCACCUAAAAUGGUCCGUUGAUAAGGAUUUCUUGAUCUGGCAGCGGAUCGAUGGUACAACGGUUACUACGAUGUCACCAGGUGAAACCUUCGAGAUGUUUGUCCCAGAUGGUGCGUGCUUCAUCGUAGGGGACAGGUUAACCAAAGAAAGACGGGCUGCACUCAACGAGGCUGGCUUGAUUGCCAACCCUGACCGUUUGGUACAGUACUUGUCUGCCGAGUCGCGGAAGCAUCCCACCCAAGCCUUUACUGGAUUCAAGACGAUUGAAGCAACCUUCGCUGGAGACUAUUACAGUGGAGAAUUCAAGAAGGGCUACUUCCAUGGCAAGGGCAAGCAUGUAUCAGAUACAGCUGCCAUCUACGAAGGAGACUUCGUCUUCGGCCGUCGUCAUGGAAAAGGGCUGAUGGACUACCCAUCGGGUGACACAUAUGACGGUGAUUGGUUUGAAGACCAGCGCCAUGGUCAAGGCACCUUCCUCGAGCGCAAGACAGGCAACAAGUACGUCGGUGGCUACAAAGACGGCAAGCGUCAUGGCAAGGGUAUCAGCUACUGGGAGGUGGCAGACGAAGAGAUGGACCUUUGCCAGAUCUGUUACGGUGAAGAGCAAGACGCGCUGUUCUACGACUGUGGUCACGUCUGUGCCUGCGUUACAUGCGCACGCCAGGUUGAUAUUUGCCCAAUCUGUCGAAAGAGUAUCAUUAGCGUGGUUAAGAUCUACCGGACUUGA